UUUUUUUUUCUUUGUAAACAUGAACAACUCUUCUGCGUCUUAUUUGUCUAAUUUAUCAUUAAAUGAUUAUCCAUCAUACAAUACUACGGGAGACAAACUAAACCAAGUACCACACAAUGACAGUACAUUUAACGAGUUGCCACCCAAUAAUCAGCCAGCCUCACCCACCAGUAAUGCACUUGCUGGUGUCUAUUCAAAUACUGGUUUUGACAUGAUCCAAAUCCUAUCUAAACUUAUUCAUAGACCAAAUCCUCAGAUUCAGUUAGGCCCAAUUGAUCUAUCUUGCUCAUUUGUUGUGUCUGAUGCUCGUCAAUAUGAUUGUCCGGUUGUCUAUUCUUCACCUGCAUUUGAACGAUUGACAGGAUACAAGAAUGAAGAGAUUGUAGGCAAGAAUUGUCGCUUCUUACAGAGCCCAGAUGGUCAAGUGACGUGUGGUUCAAGACGCCAACAUACAGACAAUCAGGCUGUCUAUCAUCUAAAAGCACAAUUAAAUCAAGGGAGAGAACACCAAGCGAGUAUCAUCAAUUAUAAAAAAGGAGGCCAGCCUUUUGUCAAUUUGGUUACAGUCGUACCAACCUUUGGCGAUAAUGGUCAAGUAGAUUAUUUUGUGGGUCUACAAGUCGAUUUAGUAGAACAGCCUAACUCUAUUCUUGAGAAAAUGAAAGAUGGCACUUACUUAAUAAACUAUCAUCAACCAAUGAAUGUCCCUCGUUCUAUUUCUCCUCCACGUAACAACAAACUUUUGUUAGAUUCUUCAUCUGCAAUGGAUGAAUACUUUCGAGAAUUACCAACUAAUCUUUGCAGUAGCAAUAGUACUCAGAAUGGGGAAAGCUGUAAUAAUGUCAGCAGUAGUAAUAACAGUACAGUCAUACAGAAACCAGACAUUGUUGGCCUCUUAGACCCUGCUCAAGUUGAUCUUGAUGCUACCAACAGUUCAAACAAUGAACAUCAGCUUCAGAAAGAAUGGAACAAGGUCUUGUUAGACCAAAGUUGUGAUUUCAUUCAUGUCUUAUCACUCAAAGGCGUGUUUCUUUACGUGUCUCAGUCAUGCAGAGACAUGCUUGAAUAUGAACCCAAAGAACUGGUUGGCAAUCUACUGAGCUCUAUCUGUCAUCCCUCGGAUAUUAUUCCCGUCAUGCGUGAAAUCAAAGAGACAACCAUCAACCCUGAUAAAGUGAUCAACCUACUUUUUCGCAUCCGACGCAAGUACUCUGGUUAUAUCUGGAUAGACUGUCGAGGUAAAUUACAUAUGGAUCAAAGUAAAGGUCGCAAGUGUCUUGUUCUUUCGGGUCGAGAACGCCCUGUUUAUUCUCUCAUGAGCCAUCAAAUCACACCCUCUUUAGCAAGUCCGAUUGAAGAAGACACAGAAUAUUGGGCUAAACUCAGUUCAGCUGGUUUAUAUCUUUAUGUUACACCUACAUGCAAAGAUGUGGUAGGAUUUACUUCUGAUUCCCUUGAACAAGAAUCUGUUUACCAAUAUGUCGAAAACAGCGCAGUGACUGAUAUCACAAAGGCAUUGGAGAUUGUUAAAGAAGGUGGUAUUGUCAAGGUGCCACACACAUUUCUGAAUGCUAAGGGAACAUAUGUACGUGUACUCAGUACAUUUUAUCCUGGUGAUGCAACGCACGGUUCUUCUUUUGUCUUAUUACAAGUCAAACUGUUGCCUACAAAUCAAGACUCGAAUAGUUUACAGAUGAGCAGUUUUACAGCUAAUGGAAAUUUGGCUGGAGCAGAAGGACACAAUAUCUUUCCUGAAUUAUCUACACCUAGAAGUACCAAUUGGCAAUAUGAAUUACAUCAAUUACAACAAUCAAACAAGCGUCUUAGAGAACAACUGGAUAAAUACACCAACCCUAAUAAACAGAGAAAAAAGAAAUCAAAAGCGAAUGAUUUUCCUAAAAUGUGUGCUAAAUGUCAACGCAAGGAUUCUCCAGAAUGGCGUAAGGGUCCUAAUGGUCCUAAAGAACUCUGUAAUGCUUGUGGUCUAAGGUAUGCUAAGUCAUUAGGGGCACAGAACAAGAAAUAGUAUAUAUACAUUUUUUUUAGUUGAGCAUACCCCCCUCCCAAUUCAUCUAUUUAAGCACAUGUAAAUACACUUUGCACAUCUAAAGAAGAAAGAAUGUUUUUUUUAUUGA